GCAGAAAAAAGCGCAGCGUUUGGCGACACACAUCCUCCCCCCACACCGGGACAGGAAAAAGAUGGGGGCACACAUGUGAAGCAGAAAUACGGUCCAUGUGGGUCCCAAACAAGCCCUCGUGCUGGAUCUCAGUUGCUGUUGCUUCAUCAAGUCUGUCUCUAUAGCAACCCAUCUCUCUCAUUGAGUGUUGGAGCUACCCCACUUUUUACACCUCCUCUGCUCCCCUCUCCUCUACACUGGCCAAUCAGACGCUCUGAGCCAACAUGGACACAGAGUCCACUCACUCAGGCUACUCCAGCCGCUCUGGCAGGUCCAACCGACACACAGAUAGAAGCCGUGAGCGACACAAGGCGAGCAGCAGUAAAGACAGCAUUCGCUCCGAGCGCUCUGUGGUCUUAAACCCCCCUGACAGUCCAUCCCAGGAGUCUCCUGUCCACAAUGGAGAUCCCCUGCCCGGAGACCCUGCUCCAGCUGCUGACCAUGGGGACGAUACACAGGAUGAUAACUGGGGAGAGACCACGACCGCUGUGACUGGGACUUCAGAGCUGAGUGUGUCCCAGGAGGAGGUGGUGGGUUUGGGGAAGGAGAUCCAGGACCGCACCCAGAACGUGCGGAGGUACCUGCCCGUGGCUCUGGGCGUGUUUGUGGGCUUGGUGGUGGCUGCUACACCGUUAGUGUUUCUGCUGCUGCCCGCUCUGUUAUGGGCAGACCGACUGCAGGCGUGCGGGUCAGCCUGUGAGGGCCUGUUCCUCUCCAUCUCAUUCAAGCUCCUGAUUCUUCUGUUGGCCAUCUGGGCUCUGUUCCUACGACCGGGCAGGGCCAGCCUCCCGCGAGUGGAUGUGUACCGUGCCUUUCUCACCACACUCACUCUCCUACUCACGAUGUCCUACUGGCUUUUCUAUGGGGUCCGGAUUCUCGAUGCUCAGGACGAGGACUAUCAUGGCAUUGUCCAGUUUGCGGUGUCUCUUGUGGACUCCCAGCUGUUUGUCCAUUAUUUGGCUGUGGUUUUACUGGAGCUGCGUCACCUUCAGCCCUGCUACAGUGUGUGUGUGAUCCGCUCAACUGACGGAGAAACCCGCUAUUACAACAUCGGCCAACUCAGCAUUCAAAGAGCAGCCCUCUCCAUUUUGGAGUAUUACUACAGAGACUUCCCUGUGCAUAACCCUGCCCUCCUCACUGCCUCCAAGCAGCGCUCAGCCAAGCACUUAGCCGGGCUAAAGGUCUACAAUGUGGAUGCUCCGGCGAACGCAGCGGGGGCGCAGCCUGGUAAUGGCAAUCAGUCACGGCCAUUGGGCACAGCUGCCUCCAAACGCAAAGACAGCGCUCAUAAUGAGCUAUACUAUGAAGAGGCGGACUACGAGAGGAGAGUACGCAAGCGCAGAGCCAGGCUGGUCGUGGCGGUGGAGGAGGCCUUUACACAUGUGCGGCGGAUGAAGAAAGAGGACGAACAGGCAACUCCAUCUGAUAUCAUGGACGUCCGCGAAGCUGCUCUAGCCGUGUUCCCGUCUCUGGCCCGGGCCCUGCAGAAGUACCUCCGUACCACCAGGAGGCAGCACUGCCACAGCAUGGAGAGCAUUCAGAAGCACCUUUCCUUCUGCUUGGUUAACAACAUGAGUCCUAAGGCGUUCCUGGAGGCGUACCUGUCCCCGGGGCCCACUCUGCAGUAUGGCCCUGAGCGCUGGAUGUCUGACCAGUGGACACUAGUGAGUGAAGCCUCUGUCACCACAGGUCUGAAGCAGGGCACAGACUUCCUGCUCAAGUGUCUGGACUUUAGUUUAGCCGUCACUGUCAAAGCCAUCCCUUACCUCCGCCUCAGGGAGGAAUACGUUGAUCCCAAGUCCCACAAGUUUCUGCUGCUGCUCCAGUCGGAAACCUCAGUUUAACAGAAAAACACACUCAGACCUUUUUCUCACUGUUGAACUACUCAAAGGAAUUUUCACCAUGAAAGAAAAGUUUUUGUACUGUUUUUUGUACUUUUUCACAUACGUGUUUAUGUGUUUGUAUCGUCCCUGGAGACACAAAACAAAUGGGCCCACACUGGAGGCACAUUGCUUGAGUUCCUCCGUCCUGCACCAGAGAUCAGGUAUUCUAUGCACUACAGAUCCUGUCAUUUGCAUGUGCCAGUGAGUGCCUGCUGGGCUGUUCCCGCACAGACCGGAUGAGCCAAUCAGGAUGCA